AUGCAACCGCUAAUGGAACCGCGUCCGGUUCCGGUUCCGCAUUUAGAGCCUUCCCCAGAAGCCAGUCCGGACUCUGAGAUUGACGAGGUGGGCACUCUUCGGCGAAUGAUGCCAGUUCAGCAUGCGGCAUUCGACCCAGGCGAGCGCAUUCCAUCUUACGAACUGUCCCAGGAACAACAUAGGAGACGGCUUGCGCAACGAGUUCGCCCAGAGACAAGCCGCGUUGAACGCCCUGUGCGACGGGGCCGUUCGCUCAAGCUGUUGGGGCUUCAGUUUCUAAAUGCUCGGCAGCAUUUCCUUUUGGCUGUCAGUCGUGACAUAUCACUUGUGCCGUGUCUAGUAGGGCUUUUCCAGUCAUGGUGGGUGCUUUUAAAAGGCCCAUCUGUAUCUGCUGGGUCCCUGGGCAUAACGUCAGCACGCUUGUCUGAACACUUUCUCACUGGCGUAUGGUGCAUUGUGGCUGCGUACCUUCUGUAUUCGGUACUUGACGGGCUCAUGGUGCGGUGGAUUGUCACAUACUCCACCACCGGCGCCAUCGUGCGGAUGCUCUCCAUGUCAGCGAUCAUGAUAGUGGUGGAACAAUACUUGGUGGCAGCGUUUUCCGCCGAAGGUUACACGUAUGGCUUGCACACAUGGAUCAUGAUCAGCUGUGCGCUUACAAUUCUCUAUAUUGCCCAGAACUUUGUCACUUCGAACAUUGAUUUGAAGGGCCAACGCCGCGCACGAUUCUUCGACUUCUACAACAUCGCAGUAUUUGCUGUCGUGCCUGUCGGCUUGGCCAGCUUCAUAACAAUGGUAGGUCUACUACGGUCCCUUCUUAUUCUUCGCUUGGACAUUGAUCUGCAACGACAGGCAUGGAUCUCUGCUUCGACAUAG